CGCCGAGGCGGGCGCAGAGCGGCGGGGACGGGGACGGGGACGGAGCCGGCGGGGGAAGCGGCGGCGGCGGCGGCAGCACCUCGGGCUCGCGCUGUGCCCCCGCCAACCGGCACCUCGCGCGGCCGAGCCCGCCCAUGGGGCUGUAGCGGCGCCCGCUGAGGAGGGGACGGGGAGCGGGAGCCGGCUUUCUCAUGUUUCAGAUAAACUCAGAAAAACAACUUUGAUCUUGGCCUCAUUUUUACAAAAUACAUGUUAUAAAAGAGAUCGUGAUAUGGUUCUUGAACAUACGCUUCAUAGGACUGAAGGAAGAUAACUGUUGAGAAUAAUGAAUAGCAUGCCUUAGUGUCUCCUGCUUCAGCUUCAACCUGUAGUAGCUGGCAGCGUUAAAAGCAGCAGAAGUAUCUGGAUGAAAGACGGUUUCUGGUGGAGUUCCUUGUCUAAGAGCUGGCACUGAAGCAAGAGAAGAUCCAAAAAAAAAAGUGUGAAGAAACCGAUUCGAAGCCUUGAGUGAUAGCAGUGCGACAAAUACACACUUAGUGUUUUGCACUUAAGGAAAAGGGCAGUUCAGCUACAAAUUAAGGUUUGGAGGAGACAGAGCUUCAAAGGGAUCUUUUGUAUUAUUGUGUGUCAGACCAGUGGAUUGAGCUGACAGUAUAAGCAGCCAUGCAGCAGGUACUGGAUAACCUUACUGAUCUGCCGACAUCAACAGGCGCUGAAGAAAUAGACCUGAUUUUUCUCAAAGGAAUUAUGGAAAACCCUAUUGUAAGAUCACUUGCUAAGGCUCAUGAGCGACUAGAAGAUUCUAAACUUGAGGCUGUCAGUGACAACAACCUGGAGCUGGUGAAUGAAAUUCUUGAAGACAUCAGUCCCUUAAUAAAUAAAGAUGAGAAUAUUGCAGAAUUGGUUGGAAUACUGAAGGAGCCUCAUUUUCAGUCACUCUUGGAAGCACAUGAUAUUGUGGCUUCAAAAUGUUACGAUUCCCCUCCUUCUAGCCCAGAAGUCAAUAAUUCUUCAGUGAACAACCAAAUUGUUCCAGUAGAUGCUAUUCGUAUUCUUGGAAUUCACAAAAGAGCAGGAGAACCACUGGGUGUUACGUUUAGAGUUGAGAACAAUGAUCUGGUAAUAGCACGAAUUCUCCAUGGCGGAAUGAUAGAUCGACAAGGUCUUCUGCAUGUAGGUGACAUUAUUAAAGAGGUGAAUGGCCAUGAAGUUGGAAACAAUCCAAAAGAACUGCAGGAACUGCUGAAAAAUAUUAGUGGCAGUGUCACUCUGAAGAUUCUCCCCAGCUACAAAGACACUGUUAUUCCUCAACAGGUUUUUGUGAAGUGUCAUUUUGAUUAUAAUCCAUAUAAUGACAACCUCAUCCCAUGCAAAGAAGCAGGUUUGAAAUUUUCUAAAGGAGAAAUUCUUCAGAUCGUAAACCGUGAAGAUCCAAAUUGGUGGCAGGCUAGUCAUGUCAAAGAAGGAGGAAGUGCGGGGCUUAUUCCUAGCCAGUUCCUGGAAGAGAAGAGAAAAGCUUUUGUUAGGAGGGACUGGGACAACUCAGGGCCUUUCUGUGGAACAAUAAGCAGCAAAAAAAAGAAAAAGAUGAUGUACCUCACUACAAGAAAUGCAGAAUUUGAUCGUCAUGAAAUCCAGAUCUAUGAGGAAGUAGCCAAAAUGCCUCCUUUUCAGAGGAAAACACUGGUCUUAAUUGGCGCCCAAGGAGUGGGGCGAAGAAGCUUGAAGAACAGGUUUAUAGUACUGAAUCCUACUAGGUUUGGAACUACGGUGCCAUUUACUUCACGAAAGCCAAGGGAUGAUGAAAAGGAUGGGCAAGCAUACAGAUUUGUGUCACGAGCUGAAAUGGAGAUGGAUAUUAAAGCUGGCAGAUACCUAGAGCAUGGAGAAUAUGAAGGAAAUCUUUAUGGCACUAAAAUUGAUUCUAUCCUUGAAGUUGUUCAGACAGGAAGGACCUGCAUCUUGGAUGUGAAUCCACAGGCCCUGAAAAUACUGAGGACUUCAGAAUUCAUGCCCUAUGUAGUGUUUAUUGCUGCUCCGGAGCUGGAGACUUUGCGUGCUAUGCAUAAGGCUGUGGUAGAUGCUGGAAUUACAACCAAACUUCUCACUGACACUGAUUUGAAAAAAACAGUGGAUGAAAGUGCCCGGAUCCAGCGAGCGUACAACCACUAUUUUGAUCUGACCAUUGUAAAUGACAACCUAGACAAAGCCUUUGAGAAGCUACAGACUGCUAUAGAGAAACUGAGGCUGGAACCACAGUGGGUCCCAAUUAGCUGGGUAUAUUGAGCUUGCUGAAGAUGAGCAUAAGUAACAAAUAAAAUCAACUGCAGCAAAUAAACUAAUGUGACAAGAUGUUGUGUAGAUACCAACGAUAACCUGCGGCACCUGUGCGUUUUUACUCUGUGUAUAUUCAAAAGUACACUAUUCUGACUUUUUAUAAAAAAAAAAAAUGUUGAAGGGAAAGUGUACUUAAAUAUGUAAUUUAUUUUAAUUUUUCUAACUUUUUACAGAUAACCUUUCUAUUCAUAUCACAUGAAGGAAAUGCGUUUAAGCAUUUUAUAUGUUUUGAUUUAGUACCUUUGCCUUUUUCAUCUAAGAAACUUUCAGUCAUUCACUUUAACAUUUACAUCUUGGUCUUACAUUUUCACUGUGAUUAAAGAGAGGAUACUUGAAACAAUUUUUGUAAAACUUGUUAAUGUCAGUGUUUAACUGGUCAAAAGUCUGUAGCUUUUAUUAGGAAAGAACACUAAUUUCUUUUCUUUUUUUUUUUUUCCUUA